AUGGUCACUCAUGAAUAUCCAAACCAUUGUGGAAAGUCCUACUGCCUAAUCGACACCUUGGACUCUAUCCCAUAUUUCGAUAUUAACAAAGACUUUCGUUCGAAGUCGAAUGAUGGAUGUCUUCUCAGUAGCCAAUCAUCAAAAAGGAAUGUCGACACCAGAAGGUUGCCGCCGAAGACGUCGAAUCUCCUACUCGGGUCGGAUGUCUGUAGACGACUGACAACUUCUGCCAACGAACAAGAGCUUCAAACAUGUUGUACCGUUGCCAAAUCGGUAUUCGCUUUCCAGACGUCACUUCUGGAAGUGGAACCACGCAGCAUUGUUUGUGGAGACAUUCAUAGACAGUACUCGGAUCUUCUCCGUAUUUUCGAUAAGAACGGAUUCCCGCUAGAUGUAAACAUCUUGUUCCUCGGAGAACGUCAGAAAUAUUGA